CAGCCACGGACAUCAGACCUGUUUGCCACACUCGUGUCAGCAACUCGUGCCAUGACUGUAGCUCAGACAGAGGCGCACGCAGGUGGAGCCCCAGCCUCCAAGCGGCCUGAGGCUCUGGGGAGGGGCCCCGAUGGCUGCACCCUUCGAGCUUCUGCGGAAACAUCGGGGCCCCAGGAGGCGAUCAGGCGACAGAACCACUGAGCUAAAUCCCGAGCCCUGCACCCCCUUUCUGGUCAGCGUUGAUCGGUGUCCCCUGCCUCCGCCACUGCCCCUGGCCUCCAGGAUUCGGUCCCACGGCCUCUGUUCGGUCCCGGGACUCCAGCACCAAGGACAGAGCCACCUCAUAGUAGGUGCUCAGUAAACACUGGCCACUUGGGUGGAAUGAAUGGAAACGCGGGGGUUUAUCACAGAGGGGAACCUGAGGCACGGACAAGGGAAGGUCGCUCGUCCAGGCAGCCAAGGGAAGGCGGAGCCAGGUUCGACGGACGGUCACCGCACCCUGAGGCUCUGUCGCCGAUUCUUCUCCCAUCCCCACCUGUGCCUGGGCCCUGCACAGCGCCUGGCACCGGCAGGACCUGGUCAAUGCGGGUUUGUUGGCGGAUGAAUGAAUGAGCGUAUUUGCCAGGGGUAGAGGGGGCUGGGCUGGGCUCCAGGCUCCUCCCCGCCCGUCCGGACAGCUCAGCCCCGCCCUGCGGACCCCAGCGCCCCCGCCCGGUCCCCGCUUCCGGCUUCCCAGCCGCUCUCUCCUCUGCCAGGCUCGGCCACAGGUUGCGUUUCCGGGAGGAAGGCUUAGGCGGUGACACCGGCCCAGCCUCCUCCCCGCCCCUGCCGCGGCCCCCUCCCUCCCGCAGCUCCGCGCGUCCGGCCCCGGAGGAAGAAAGGAGCAGGAGGCGCAGGAGGCAGCGGCAGCUCCCGGGCUCUGGGACAGACCCUGCCCAGCUCCUCCACUGGACGGAGAGCCACUGUCCUAACCACGGGAGUGCACUCCAGCCACGCUCCUGUCCAGUCGGCUCCCGGCCCGGCCUCCUCCCUCAAACCCGGGGUCCAGGCCCAGCCUCCUCCCUCAGACCCGGGGUCCAGGCCCAGCCUCCUCCCUCAGACCCGGGGUCCAGGCCCAGCCUCCUCCCACAGAGCUGGAUUCCGAACUCUCUGGCUCCCUGACCUCCCAUCCCCUCCGUUCCGGGCACCCCGUCUCUAUUUCCAGGCAGAACAGACUUUGAAUCCCAGCCGCUCCACUGGGGGCCCUAGGGUUGGUUCCCCUGCCCUUCCCCAAACUUUUAGCCCUGGUCCUGGAGCAGAAGCAGCCGUCUGACUGUCUCCUCUCUUGUCUGUCUGUCCUCUGUGUCCCCGCCCACCCUCCCGUCCUCUGGCCUCCACACCGCCCCGUCCCGGGUCCCUCCCCUCCCCUCCCACCUCCCACCGUUUCCCUGUGCUGUCUAUCGCCACCCUGUGUCCCGCAUCUUCUCUUCCUCUCUGUCCCCUCAUCUCUCAUCUCUGCGCCUCUGCCUGCCCCUGGCCGCGGCGCUGACCCUCCCUGGCCACCUCCUCCCCUCCCCAGGCCCCGCAUCUCUCCGUAGGAUGGAUCCGCAGCCCCCUCCGCCGGCGCAGGGCAGCCCUCCUCACCGCGGCCGGGGCCGGGGCCGAGGCCGGGGCCGCGGCCGGGGCCGGGGCCGGGGCCGCGGGGGUGCGGGAGCCCCGCGAGCGCCCCUGCCGUGCCCCACCUGCGGCCGCCUCUUCCGCUUCCCCUACUACCUCUCGCGGCACCGGCUGAGCCACUCGGGGCUGCGGCCUCACGCGUGCCCGCUGUGCCCCAAAGCCUUCCGGCGGCCCGCGCACCUGUCGCGCCACCUGCGGGGCCACGGCCCGCAGCCCCCGCUGCGCUGCGCCGCCUGUCCGCGCACCUUCCCGGAGCCCGCGCAGCUGCGCCGCCACCUGGCGCAGGAGCACGCAGGCGGCGAGGUGGAACUGGCCACGGAGCGUGCGGCCAAGGAGGAGGGCGAGGGCGCUGAGCAGCCGGCGGCGGGCGCCGAGGGUGAGCCGUGGGCCCCCGGGGAGCCCGAGCCGGCCGUGACCCCGAGCACGGAGCUGCACACACCCGAGCCCGAGGCUGUCGAGGCCGGGGCGGCCGAGCUGCGCGCGGAGCUGGCGCUGGCGGCCGGGCGGCAGGAGGAGAAGCAGGUGCUGCUGCAGGCCGACUGGACGCUGCUGUGCCUGCGCUGCCGCGAGGCCUUCGCCACCAAGGGCGAGCUCAAGGCGCACCCGUGCCUGCGCCCUGAGGGCGAGCAGGAGGCCGAGGGUGGGCCGCCGCCGCGGCCCAAGCGACACCAGUGCUCCAUCUGCCUCAAGGCCUUCGCCAGGCCCUGGUCGCUGUCUCGCCACCGGCUGGUCCACUCCACCGACCGCCCGUUCGUGUGCCCGGACUGCGGCCUGGCCUUCCGCCUGGCCUCCUACCUCCGCCAGCACCGCCGCGUGCACGGCCCGCUCAGCCUGCUGGUGCCGCUGCCCAAGAAGGACGACAGAGCCGCGGGCGCCCGGAACUCGGGCCGGGGACCCGAGGGCGGCGAGGGCGCCACGGAGGGGGGCGACGGCGGCGAGAACGGGGGCGACGCGGGCCCCGCGCGCCCCCCCGCCGGCGAGCCCCGCUUCUGGUGCCCUGAGUGCGGCAAGGGCUUCCGUCGCCGCGCGCACCUGCGCCAGCACGGCGUCACGCACUCGGGCGCGCGCCCCUUCCAGUGCGUGCGCUGCCAGCGCGAGUUCAAGCGUCUGGCCGACCUGGCGCGCCACGCGCAGGUGCACGCGGGUGGCCCGGCCCCGCACCUCUGCCCUCGGUGCCCGCGGCGCUUCUCGCGUGCCUACAGCCUUCUGCGCCACCAGCGAUGCCACCGCGCCGAGCUGGAGCUGGAGAGGGCGGCCGCGCUGCAGGCCCUGCAGGCCCAGGCUUCGCAGUCCCCGGCUCCGCUGGAGCAGGAAGCCGAGGGGCUCCCGCUGCCCGUUGUGCGCAUCAAGGAGGAACCGCCCUCGCCGGGGACUCUGCCCCAGUCCCCGGCGGCACCCCCGGUCUUCCUCAGCGCCUCCUGCUUCGACAGCCAAGACCACUCAGCCUUCAAGAUGGAAGAGGACGAGGUGGACAGCAAAGCCCAGCUGCGUGGCUUGGGCGGCCUGGCCUCCUGACCCUCGAGGCCCCUCCGCCCUCCUCUGGUUUGCAAUGGAAGGAGAGGACCCCCCUUGCUGACCCCCUCGAGCCCUGGCCCUAGGAGCAAAGGCCCUGGGCCGCCCCCACCCUUCGCCCUCCCCAGACCCCGAUGCCGCCCCGAAGAGCGUCUUCAGGCAGGACGACUUGGAACCGGAGGCAGAGGCCGCUAGGCCAGAGGGAGGUGGGCGGGUGGCCUCGCCCGGCCGGCCUGUCCCGUGACACACACUGGACACCAUCACCUCUUUGGAACGCCCACCAGGGCGCCCUGUGAGCAAAGGUCAGACCCUGUCCCUCUGUCUGUGAAUAAAUGUGAGCUCGUGAA